AUGUCUCGCAACUGGCCCAUCGACGGCGACAACUCCGACAUCCCCCACGGCUUCAAACGAAUCGAAUACGACGCCGACGCCCGCGUGUACAUUUACCAAAAAGGCACCCAGCUCUACGCCGCCCGAAGCAACACCUCCCCCAUGACUCCCAUCCCCAACCGCGCAGCAUCCAACAUUUCCCCUGAAGGCUUCCGACAGGGCUUCCCCAAUGCCGACAGAGAUGAGAACAAGAAUGGGGUGCGGCAGGUGCUCAAGCGGAGAGUCACGGGAAUUACUCGAUCAAUCACCCGGCGUGUGACGGGACGGAAACCAAAUAGUUAUGGAUACCAGAAAGAGAAUCGGGUCGGGCGGUCUUCGUCUCGGUCUCGCCCGUCGGGCUUUUUGCCGGAUGAGAAGGAGGAUCCGUUUGGGGAUUACGCUAGUUAUGAGGAUGAGAGGCCCGCGACGACGUUCGACGAGAUUUUCGCAAAAAUGCCGAGAAUGAAUACUGUUUGA